UGGGAAUUGCUGGAAGCUUUCAAACUUCAUCAUAUUUUUUAUGUAUGUCCUAAUUCUAGGCUACAAUGCAGGUUUGUUGAAUGACAAUCUGUUUUUUUUAUUGUAAAGCUCUGGGCUGUGCAUUCUCAGGGAUCUUCGGGAGAGAUAUUGUCCAACAUUUGUUGAACAACCCCCAUCAAAUCAUUGGAGUGGAUUUGGAAGUAUGAUAUCGGAAAUGAAAGGAUACACUUUGAAGUGGACGGUAUAAUGAUUUUGUAGACCUAUAGUAGGUUAUAUUUUUCUGCUAAAGCGUAAUAACGAAAUCACAUUUUGUAGAAGAAAAAAAAAAUCCUAGAAGACCAGCAGCCAGUCAAAAUGCCAUGGGAAAUAAUACUUUGCGGAAUUAUGCUUUUGCUGAACAUGAGAACGUGUGAAAGCUUCCCCAACAAGUUUGAUGAUGACAUUGACAAACGUAUUGACCCAUUACAUGACGUUAUCGAUCCAUUAGAUUAUGAGAGGAUUGAUGAUGAGUUUGAUAGGAAUGUAACUGCUUGUGGUGAGUGCUCACCUGAGUUGUGUCCCGAGGCACAAGAAUGCAGGGCUGGGCUAAUUUUGGACAGUUGUGGUUGCUGCCAAGAGUGUGGAAAUCUAGAGGGACAGACGUGUGAUAUUGGCGACAAUAAUGUAUUUUACGGUCUCUGUGGGACGGAUCUUCAAUGCAAAAUUGACGAUUUGGAUGUUGGAGAUGGGGAAGUUGCGGAGCCGCAAUGUGUCUGUCAAUCGCAAGAUGCGCUUUGUGGUUCCGAUGACAGAACAUACAUGAACAUUUGUCAGUUUAAAGAAGCGUACUUCUCAAAUUCAUCACUCAAGAUGAAGCGCAAAGGUCCAUGCAAAACAGGUAAAUCGCUUAUUAUGAUGCUAUGCGCUUUGAUUUUCGCCUAGUGCUGUCUCAGUCAGUGUAAAUGUACUCAUCUACAGUUACUUCUAAUAAACCGUGAUUAAAUUGGAGGACAGUAGACAAAAGAUGACUUCGGGAAACUAACAUUAUGGCCAAAACAGAAACAAAGCCUAUUCAAUCAAUCUGCCAGCGAAAUAAUAAUUAAAGUGAUAUUGGGCAUACGAAACACACUUUAUUGUCCCAUGUAACACUUCAAGUCAGUAAGAAAAAUAAAUAUGGAUUAGGGCAAAGUGGUUUCUUGUCAACAGUCUUAGAUUUUUCUGACAGAGUAGCAAGAGAACUCACUGAGACUGAUCCAGAGGAAUCUUUACUCCACCCCCAGGUUUGAGGAUUUCGGGGCUGGCCUAUACUUUCCCCACAGGCAUUGGGAAAGAUUUAUUGUUUUAACCAGCUCCAGGAGUCAAGCCCCUCUCAGCCUGCAGCUCAGGAGUGAGAGAGGAAAUGGCUCGUAAACACCCCAACUCUACCUCUUAUUUUUUCAGUGCCGAUCAUCAAGGUCCCACCCCAGAACCUGGUGAAUGUUACGGGCAGUAGCAUGGUGUUCCUCUGUGAGGUCUUUGCCUUUCCAAUGGCACUGAUUGAAUGGAAGAAGGAUGGCAAAGACAUUAUUCUUCCAGGAGAUGACCCACACAUAUCUGUCCAGGUGAACCUUGUUCACCUCUGCUGUUGCCUUAGUAUAUUCUUUAAUGUUUCCAACAACAUACUUACUUAUUGGAUGAUGCAGAAAGAUUGGGUGGAUUAGGCAUAGGUCCUUGGUAUUUCAUUUUAUACACUGCGUCAUAGAAUUAUGUACAUUCAUUCAGUCCUAAACAGUAGGCUAUGCUUAAACAUGUCCUUUGUCUGUGCUGUGCUGGACAGUCUCGAGGUGGUCCCCUGAAGUAUGAGCUCUCCAGCUGGCUGCAGAUCGAGGAAGCUGGCCUGGCUGAUGCUGGCACCUACCGCUGUGUCGCUCGGAACGAGCUCGGCAGUAUCUCUGCAACGGCUGUGUUAGGAGUUCUAGGUCCAGGUAAUGGACGUUCUAGAGACAGUUCUAAAGCUGUCACACAAAUCUCUCAAAAUGACAGAAUUCUAUGGAGAAUAUAGUAUAUCUUAGAUGUGAGAUUGACUCUUCUUGAUCUGUUUACGAUGCUACUGUAGGCUAAUAACCCAAUCUAAUACUUUUUCCAGAGGAGAUGUCCGUCUACUUGAUGGAGAACAUGACGGACAUUUUGGAGUACGGCCACUCAGAGAGAGAGUAUGAUGAGGAUUACUACUAGUGAUGUCCUCCGUUCUAAGGAAUCAGCCCUCACUAACGGAGGUGCUGAUGGCAUCCUGAAAGUCUUCACAAUUGUUGUAGUGUUGCACGUGCAGAUUUGGUACAAACUGUUCAGCUUAACCACAUGUUUUCAUCUCUACAUGUAGUCAAGAUGGUGAAAGUGGAGAAACUCUUUGGAUGUGAUAUACAACAAAAUCACAGGUGAAUAUGUGUGGAAGUGGAUUAUGGAAGCGUCUGAUCAUUCCUGAAGUCUAUAUUGUACAGUAUAUAGUACUGAAAGCAUAAGGAAUGAAUGUCUCUGUUCAAACCCAAGCUGUUCAAACCCAUUUUCCUUGUGACUAUAAGUCUACAUUCCAAACCAUAUAAAUGAUGUCUUGCAGGAAAGUUAGCCCAACUGUCCUGUUACUGUCUGGUAAAAUGUUUAGCCAUCCCCUCAAGAUGAACCUGGCAUGUGUUCAUCCAAUAUGUGCAACUGGAUGUACUCUAUGUGGAAUGUCUAGGUGCAUUGUUGUGUCUCAGAACUGGAAUGUAUUUUUAGUUGGUUUAUAGGUUUCCAUCUAUCGCUGUAAUGCUUGGGCAGAUGUGUCAGUAAGCCAAGUCCAGCUCUGGUCGUGGUGGAAAGAAGCCCACAGAUGGUUUAAAUGUUUUGUGGAGCUCAGACAUGAAGAGAAACACCAUCUCCUUUGUGUCCUUGUGUCAACAAGGUUCUCCUAUGCAUUUCCUUUUAUAAGAGAUUAUGGACUACUUUGUACUUGAUCUAAAUAUAGCCAUGCAUCUACGCAAAGGAAGCAACAUCAGACUAAGAAUACUAUGAAUAUAUUAUGAAUAUGAAUAAACAAAUUAUAUUACAAAGAUUUUUUAUAUUAUGCUACUUCUGAAUAUUACAAUAUAUCUAAUCAUCUCAAAAGGGGAGCUGUGUUUUUCCAAAUUAUUUAUGCUUUCAUCUGGAUAAAAAAAUCUGUAUUGACAAAUUAAAUGUAAAAUGCGUACAUUUUGAUGCGAUGAUGGAUUACUACAUACUGUUAGUUGAGUGCAUAUUGCAUUCCCAGAAGAAAGAAAUAUGCAAUAAAUGAAAAACAGUAAUCACAAACA